AUGAUUGACAUGGCUGCGUUCCGAGCGCUCUCCGAGCACCUGGCUCAGGGUGGCUAUGCUUUUGUGUGCCCCUCGCCGGAGACGCAGGGUCGGGUAUUUCAAAAGAGGAUUUCUGAUGCAGAGACGCGAGAGGCCAAAAGUGCGCAGGAUUUCUUUGGUUGGAAUCUGCAAUGUACAAGAGAGGGCCUAGCUUCAUUUAUCCCAGAUGACCUAUUUGACAUUCUGGAGAAGGCGACCAUAAUCAAAAAAGUUGAUGAUGGAAGAAAUUAUUCCUCCAGAAUCCGGGUCUCAAACUUCUAUCUCCCCAAUCUACCAUGCGGCGAACCUGACACCACCAAUCUAUACUACAUACACUCUGCCUUUCCCGCAUCCGCAGACUCGGUAUUCUUCGGACCCGACACCUACCUCUUCGUUCCCUUCUUGGGUUCCGCGCUGCGCCACUUGUCACAGCCACCGACCUCCAUAAUCGACGUCUGCUGCGGCUCAGGCGCCGGCGCCAUCCAUCUCGCCAGGCAAUAUCCGCAAGCCCAGGUCCUCGGCCUUGACCUGAAUCCAUGCGCGCUGGAACUCGGUGCCGUCAACGCGCAACUGGCCGAUGUAAACGUCGACUUCAUGCAAUCGAAUCUCUUCCACGCGGUACCACAUGCAUUGACAUCCAACGGCAUCGACCUCAUCGUUAGUAAUCCGCCGUACAUUGCGUCGAGCGAGAACGGCCAGGAUCUACCGAUAUAUGCGGAUGGAGGCGCGGGGCAUGGCCUCGAUCUCUCCAUUAGGAUCAUCCAUGAGGGAAUCAAGAUACUCUCCUCCAGAGGCGUCAUCAUCGUGUACACGGGCGUUGCCAUUCCGACGGCGAAUCCUGGCCAUGAUGCGUUUCUCACCGAGUUGAAGGGCGUCAAGGAUGCCAGGGUGGUGGAGUAUAGGAUUCUACAUCCGGAUAUGUGGUCAGAGGAGAUUGGCAAGGGUGCGUACGCCGAUGUAUGUAGGAUCCAGGUUGUUGGAGCAGUGCUGAAGAGGAAUACAUAG